AUGAGUCACCACCACAAGUGUCCCCGGAUCAUGAGUCACCACCACAAGUUUCCCCGGAUCAUGAGUCACCCACAAGUGUCCCCGGAUCAUGAGUCACCACCACAAGUGUCCCCGGAUCAUGAGUCACCACAAGUGUUGGACCAUGAGUCACCACCACAAGUGUCCCUGGACCAUGAGUCACCACCACAAGUGUCCUCGGACCAUGAGUCACCACCACAAGUGUCCCCGGACCAUGAGUCACCCACAAGUGUCCCCGGACCAUGA